CAAGCAUAGUUCAACGAAUUGAUUACAAGACCCGCACCAUGGGAUCGGGUCUCGUUUCUAUCGAAACUUACAUUCAGGACCUCGACUUUUGCGAUCUCUACAAGUGCUCCAAAGAUGAUGACACAAAUAAGCUAUGCAAUCAAUUAGAAAGGCAAUGGAAUCGUGAGUUAGGCAAGAAAAAACCCAGGUUUGGUCGGGCACUAUUCCGGACGUAUGCCCUCAUGUUUACCCCGUUGGAUGUUGGCGUACGACUGACCCAACCGGUACUCCUCGGGUUUGUUGUGCGCUAUUUCCAGACCAAAGGGGCGGACAUGAGCUACACUAUGGCCGCCUCGUCAGCGGCGGGUGUGGUGUUGUGUUCGCUGUACUGUUCGUUCUCACAACACGUCACAGCCGUGUAUGAGAUGAGAGUCGGUAUGAAAAUGAGGGCCGCGUGUUGUGCACUCAUGUACAGAAAGUCCCUGAGACUGAGCCGUCAAGCGCUGGGACAGACCACUGUCGGCCAGAUAAUUAACAUGAUGUCCAACGAUGCUACUCGUUUUGACGAGUUCGCCUUUUACCUACAUGCCCUAUUCGUGGCGCCCUUACAAUCAGCGCUAGUACUGUACCUAUUAUGGGAGCACUUGUCGUGGGCGUGUUUGGCCGGCAUGACUGUGCUGUUGCUGUUCAUACCAUUCCAGGGCCUAAUGGGCCGCACGUUUCAACGGUACCGACGUAUGACCGCCCGCCUGACCGACACCCGCAUCCGUUUGAUGAACGAGAUUAUCGGCGGAAUGCGAGUCAUCAAAAUGUACGCCUGGGAGCGACCAUUCGCACAGUUGGUCUCUGAAGCGCGCAGGUAUAACUGGCCAAACAAUCAGGCUAAAACUGAUAGGCAAUAUACUCAUGUCACACGAGUCAUGCGGAAAGAAAUCCAACGGAUCCGAUACUCGAGUUUCCUAAAGGGUGUAAACCUAUCGCUGUAUAUAAUAGUCGUGCGGAUAAUACUGUUCGCCUGUUUCCUGACCUACAUAUUGAUGGGCCAGAAAUUGUCGGCCGAAGCCGUGUUUGUGUCGAUGGCUUUCUUUAACACAAUGCGAAUAUCGGUGACCAAACACUUUCCCAAUGGUGUGGCCGCCACUGCCGAACUCAUGGUCGUCAUUGGACGCGUCCAGAAAUUUUUAUUACUCGACGAAAUGGUUUCAAUAGACGACAAGUGCGACAAUGAUAUGGAAAUGAAAGCAAAGAGUGACCAUAAAAGUGAUGAUAAUAUCAGUAGUGGUGGUGAAGAAACCGGCAUUUUCAUUGACAAUAUGAACGUCCGUUGGAAUAAUGAUAUGACUGAACCCACGCUUCGGGACAUUAGUCUGAGUGUAAAACCCGGGCAACUGUUGGCUGUUGUCGGGACUGUAGGCAGUGGAAAGAGCUCGCUAUUGAUGUCUAUAUUGAACGAGUUAGAGCUAGUGUCGGGUCAGGUGGUAGUGAAAGGUCGGGUGUCGUACGCGCCGCAAGAGUCGUGGGCUUUCAUAGCGAGUGUUCGACAGAAUAUUCUGUUUGGCUCUCAAUAUAAUGAAGAGAAAUACAAUCGAGUGGUGAAGGCGUGCGCUUUGGACAGGGAUUUCAAACUCUUCCCGUUUGGCGAUAAAACACUUGUCGGCGAAAAGGGGGUGUCGUUGAGUGGCGGACAGAAGGCCCGCAUCAGUCUGGCCCGGGCUCUGUACCACUCGGCGGACAUCUACUUACUGGACGACCCCCUGAGCGCUGUGGACACACAUGUGGCCAAACAUAUCUUCCAGAAAUGCUGUGUGGAGUACCUGAGCGAUAAGGCCCGGGUGUUGGUCACCCAUCAGAUCCAAUUUCUCAAAGACGCCCAUAAGAUACUGGUGCUCAACGAUGGCAAGUGUGUGGCCAUCGGCUCAUACGACGAGCUUAAAGAGCGGGGCAUUAAUCUUAUGUCGUAUCAGAAACAGCCCGAAACGGGUGACCAAAACAGGAAGUUCUUGUUGAGGGACCGGACGGUAUCAUUCACGCCGUCCAUAGCAAGCAGUGCGGGCACCGGUGCGGAGGGCCCGGAGGUUGGGACCAAUAGUAGUGUUGGCGGCGGUGAUGUCGCUGAUGGUGACGUUGGCGAUGACGCCCCGGUAGCCAAAGCCGAAACCAAAAUGACCGGUUCAGUAGAGGGCAGUGUAUACUGGAAUUAUACAAGGGCCGGCGCCGGACCCGUACUGUUUAUCAUAACGUUUUUGUCAGCCCUUAUCGUGCAGGUGCUAUAUCAGGGUGGUGAUUUUUGGUUAACAACAUGGACAAAUGCCGAGAGUAGCGGCAAACCGGUUGACCAAACCCUAUACCUGUCCGUAUAUUCUGGUCUAAUCGGAGCCUUAAUAGUGACGGCACUGAUAAGCGCGACAUCUUUUUACUGGAUGUGUAUGCGAUCGUCGGUUAGACUCUAUGACAGUAUUUUCUUCUCACUAUUGAGAGCACCGAUCAGUUUCUUUGACGGACAACCGCUCGGUCGUAUACUAAACAGGUUUACCAAAGAUACGGGUGUUGUCGACGAACUACUGCCGUCCACCGCUUUUGACUUUAUUAUUUCCAUGUCGUUAGUGUUUGGCAAUCUAGUGGUGAACGCUAUAGUCAGUUGGUUACUAGUAUUCCCGGCCAUACUAUUGCUGCUAUUGGUGUUUAUGUGCCGCUUAUUUUACAUUAGGGCCGCGCGUGAUAUUAAACGCAUGGACGGCCUGUCCCGGAGUCCCGUAUACUCGCACGUGAACACCACGUUGAAUGGUCUGUCGACUAUCAGGGCGUUUGGCGCGCAGACUAUGUUUAUGAGACAGUUUGAGAGACACCAAAACGACAAUACGUCCACAUUUUUCCUAUUCAUUUGUACGUCACGUGCUUUCGGUGUACUCAUGGACUCGAUCUGUGUGUUCUAUAUCAGCGCCGUUGUGGCCUUUAUUAUGACCUUCCAGGAUAUGCCUGGUGGAAAUGCGGGACUUAUUUUAUCAUCAGCCUUAACUCUAACCGGAAUGACUCAAUACAGUAUCAAAUGCUCGGCCGAUCUCGAGUCCUACAUGACAUCCGUCGAGCGUAUGCUCGAGUACUCGCGGAUUACACCGGAGGCUGAGCUCGAGAGCCCUCCGGAGCGCAAACCGCCCACCGAUUGGCCGCAAACCGGAGAAAUCAUAUUCAAAGACAUGAGCCUUCAGUACAACGAAACCACUAAUAAAGUGCUCAAACAUAUCAGUGUUUGCCUCAAAGGGGGCGAAAAGGUGGGAGUCGUGGGCCGGACGGGCGCCGGCAAGUCAUCAAUGAUUGCAGCCUUGUUUCGACUCACGGAACCGGAGGGUCAGGUGCUUAUAGACGGUGUCGAUAUCGGGACCAUAGGGUUACAUGACUUGAGAAGUCGCAUAUCAAUCAUACCUCAGGAUCCGGUACUCUUCACGGGAUCUAUGCGUAAAAAUCUCGACCCUUUUGGCGAACACCCGGACGACGAACUCUGGUCAGCCCUCGAAGAGGUACAGCUCCGGGAUGUCGUGCAGUCAAUGCCCGGACAACUUGACGGAGAGGUGACGGAAGGCGGCGGUAAUAUGAGUGUAGGUCAGCGGCAAUUGGUAUGUCUGGCGCGGGCUAUACUGCGGGACAAUCGGGUACUAGUGUUAGACGAGGCGACCGCUAAUGUCGACCACAGAACCGAUGCUCUCAUUCAGACCACUAUUAGACAGAGAACCGAUGCUCUCAUUCAGACCACUAUUAGACAGAGGUUUAGAUACUGUACUGUCAUUACGAUUGCCCACAGACUCAACACUAUCAUUGACUCCGACAAAGUGAUGGUAAGCCAGGGUUUGAUAGGGGGUUGGGUUCGCAUUACUUGUGUUGUACUCAUUGUCUAUGUAUUCGUUGAUCAGGUGUUAGACGCGGGACAAGUGGUUGAGUACGACAUUCCCCACCAUUUGUUGGAUACAAGCGAUGGUCUGUUCAGCAAAUUAGUCAAACAGACGGGAAAACACAUGACUAUUAGAUUGAAACAAAUGGCAAAACAAUAUUAUUAUCACAAAAAUGGUAUUAAAUUGGAAGAAGAAGAGGAGGCCCUGGAGUCUGGCCAAGAGAAUGCUGUGCCUCCAUAUGUAUAUCUAUCGGAGAAUCCAAUUAAUAAACGACUCGAUUUAGACAGAGGUUACGAAACACUUAUAAUUAAAGUACUGUUAAAUGUAUUGAACAUCACUUACGAAGUGAUUGACGGCCGGGGACAAGCUGAUAUAGGUUUCGGUGGACUAACUUUAAACCACGAUAGGGCCCAAGUGAUUGACUACACGUAUCCAUACGAGCCUGAUACAUUUACGUUCACUGCCCCGGAGCAUAAUAAUCUUGAUGAAAAAUUUGGCGAACACCUAGUAGUUGUACCUAGAGGAAAGGUUGAUAUAUUUGAAACAUUACGAGAUUCACCAGGGUCGCUUGUUUAUAUCGACAAUAGCCUAUUCUUGUCGCACGCUAUCAAUCACUACAAUAUAACCGCAUACGACAUACCGGUGUCCAGCGAUCAGACAUCCAUUUCCCUGGCAUUGGAUGCGAUAUUUGUAGCGAAAAAUUUCCGAUUUAAGCAAUUUUACGAUUUUACA